GACGCACCGUCUGUGCGGCUGCAGCGGGGGCAACUGCGACGCGCCCGAGGACUUUGGAGUUGAGUUGGGUUUGCUGAAUUCGGUGGAGUGCGUCGUGCACAGCGACUGCCCUAUUCACGCACUCUGCGCCAAAGGAGAAUGUGUGACGGAUGAGCUGCCGCCCUCGCUCCUGGCAGCCGAUCCUGCCCCCAGUUCCACCUCUAUCCCGCCUGUGAAGCAGCUGCGGCUGCAGUUCAACGAAGACAUUCUCUUCGGCAGACCCGGCGCCUCCAUCGUCGUUCAGUGUAUCGACCCCAGCAUCAAGUGGGUCAUUACUCUCCCUGAAGGCGCGCAGGACCUCAGCGUCCUUCGCUACAGCCCCCCGCUCUUCCCUAGGGCCCACAGGCGCCCGCCGCAGCAGCUGCACCUAGCAGGUCCAGCAGCAGCAGCAACCGCAGCAGCAGCGGCCGCAGGGGCAGCGGAGAGGCAGGAGGAGAGCACCGGGACGAGCAAAUGGCUUCUCGAGAGACAAGGCCAGCUGCUGGUGGUGACGCCUGACGAAGAACUCACAUCUCUCCCGCAGGGGAAUUACACCGUCAGCCUGGAGUUCGGCUUUGUCAUAGACCUUACAGGGAACCCGUGCGAGGCUGUGGGGCCGAUAUCCUUUCGAAUAGCCAAAGAUGGGGGCUGCCCGCUGCUGUAUGUCACGGGAUUCGGCACCGAGAACGGCAACUGCAACGGUCUGUACACCCCGAUCGACCCCAUCAACGGCCACGCAGCCUGGCGCGGUGGCGAAGGCAAUCUUUUCUUUAUUUAUUACCGCCAGGAGACAGCCGAGGAGCCGGGAAACUGGGUAGUAGACACUGACCUCGACGAGAGCGCCUUCUUGGGCUUUGCAGAUAUCGCGCUGCUGCAGGGGGCCCCUCGAGGCCCCAAGGGGGGCCCCCAGCUGCCCCCAUCAGGCCUGUGGCACAAGUGGACUGGAAAGAAGCGGGAAGAGCAGCCGUUUGCUGCCUUCGUCUGCCGCCAAAACCCUGACCAUCUCCCUCCCACCCUCGUAGCUGUCGGACCGCCGCAUCCGGAAACUCCUACAGCUGUAGAAGACAAUUCCUACAGAGCUGCUCAGGGCCCCCACCUCUUACAGCUCGACAGCGCAUCCGGGGUGCCCGCCGAACCCCUCGUCCUCAUUUUCAACAAACCCAUCACCUACGGACACUGGGCCUCCCUACGCCUCACGCCACGGGGGCAGAAGGUCCCUGUUGCCGAGUGGCCUGCGGAUCAAGAGGCAGGCAUGAGGGGCGCAUCCAUCAGGGUGCGCCGAAUGCAGCCCCAAAGCCCAGGAUCGUUGGCGGGCCCCAGGAGCUUCUCUUCUUCCUCCAGCAACAGCAGCACAGGCAUCCCAAGCGCCGCAGAGCCCACCCAAGGCGAAUUGGGGGUGGCAGAACUCCAUGUGGACGUCCCUUUGGAGCCGGGCCAAGUGUAUGAACUCACAGCAGACCUGGGGGCCUUUACAGAUCUCUCCUACAACCCCUGGGGGCCCCUGGGUUCCCACACGGUCUUUUUUGAGGCGGCUGCCACCCACUGCUUGCUGAAAAUCAGUGCAGAAGCAACAGCCGCUGCAGCAGUGGCAGCGGAGCCAGAUGGACCCGAAGCGCAAGCAGCCGCGGCCAGCGAAUCUUCUUACGAGCUGCAACUCCUAGGAAGCAGUGCGGACUCCGGCAGUGAAAACAGCCAUCACGUGCCCGAGGGCAGCCGCGCUGCUGUUCACUGCAGCGCAGGCCUUUCUCUCCCUCUCGACAUUAUGAUUGAGACAGGAAGCAGCACCAACGCUGGGGAGCUGCACUGCUACAAGGGCAAGUGGCGCGGCACGCUCUCACCCUGCAUCCCGCGAUGCAGCCCGUACCCCCGCCUUGCUGAUGCCUACGAUGUGGAGGAGACGCAAGAAGCAGCGGAAGGCAUUUCAGGAUCUGCAGUCGUUGUUCGCUGUGCUGACUCAGUUGCAGCAGCAGCAACAGCUGCAACAACAGCCACCGCAGCACCGGAGGAGGGGCAGCAACAGCAAACGCUCAGGUGUCUAAGCGGCCGCUGGGAGCCCUUAACACUCCAAUGUGCGGCGCUCUGUCCCCCUCUAGGGCCAUCCUUGGGCCCCAGCUAUUUAGUACGCCUGCCGCUCGGCUCUCAAGAGGAGGCUGAUGAUGAGGAAGACGAACAAGAACCAGCUGCAGACGCAGCAGCAGCAGAGGGAGAGGAGCGCCUCAUCGAAUGCGUCGAGCCACAGCCAUAUUCCCCCAACCAACAGCAGCCGCAAGUGCUGCAGCAGCUGCUGCGCUGCACUGAAGAUGGUUGGGAACCCCCUGUGACCCUCAAGUGCAAGCGCAGCUGCCGGCAGCCGCCAUUAACUCCUGAGGGGGCUGAGCUCAAAGGACAGGGGCUACAACACGGCAGUGUAUGGACAGCAGAAUGCAAACAGGGCUACGGGAGCCCUAAUGGCAUGUUUUCUGUGUCGUUUAAGUGUGAAGACGGCAAGUGGGUUCGAGAGAAGCCUGUAGGGGCAGCAGCAGCGUUUGUCUGCAGUCCUCUGUGUCCUCCGUUGCUGCUAAACCCUAGCGCGUACACAGUAAAAUCCAUUGCAGCAGCCCCCACAGACGUAGCAGAAGGAGACGAAGAAGAGCUAGCAGGAUCAGCAAGUGCAGCAGCAGCAGCAGUCAAAGUCACGUGUGCGCCGAACAGCGUCCGCCUGGGGGGACCGCCAGAAGAAAUUCUACGGUGUCAAGGGGGCCUUUGGGGGCUGCGGUCCAUUGCCUGUGCUGCGGGCUGCCGCAAUCCCAUUGAAGAACUCGGCAGGCACUACGCUCUCGUGCAUCAGACGCAGCAGAAGCAGCAACUGUUCGAACACGGGGACACCGCGGAAAUCGCGUGCAGCGACGAGCUGCAGCAUCACAGUCCAGCAGCAGCCAUAGCAGCAGCAGCGGCGAGACAACCGCACAUCAUCACCUGCGUCGAUGGGCGGUGGGAAUCUAGGCCGCAUGAGCACAGCCAUCAGCAGUACCAAAUUGAAACUGAGGGGACAGCAGCAGCAGCCACUGUGGCCGGCAGCAGCAACGGAGUGCUGCUGCGCUGCAGCGCCUCUUGCAGAGUGCCACCUCUGCCUUCACACUUCUUGAUUAUCUCCCCUAAAAAGACGCGAAGGCUAAAACAUUUCUUCGGGGCCAUAUGGAAGGAGAACGAGAAGCUGACAAUUGGAUGCUCCCCUCCUUUCCAGCCAAAGCUGCCCCCGCUCCCGCCACAAACGCCACCGCAGCAGCAGCGGCAUCAGCGGCAACAGCAGCGGCAGCGGCUGCAGCAGCUAGAAUGCGUAGACGGGGAGUGGGAGGGGCACCUAAGGGAAGAUGUCUGCGUGCGGCAGUGCCCAGGAAGCCCAGGAGGCCUCUCCGAAACACAGUGGAAAGAGUUGAAUGUGCGGUGUGGCGAGGCCUGCAGCAGCAAGUGCGGCAGCUGCUACAACGGCAAGAAGGAAAAGCACGAAGACGGCAUCGACUGUGGGGGGCCCUUCUGUGAAGCCUGCAGCAGUUGCAGCCCAGUACCUCUCAAGCAGUUCGUCCUGCAGCCGAAACUGUACUCCACCUCGCUAAAGCAACAGCAGCAGCUGCAUGCGCAGCCGCAGCAGGUGGAGUUCCCUGUGGAGAUGACGCGACACGGGUCAAAAAUAAAGAUAUCAUGCCGACGUAGCCAUUCCAUAUCCUUAAAUGUUACUUGCAACAACGGAACAUGGACGACCGGAGCAGCAGCAGCAGCCGCACCAUCUGUUGCAGCAGAAGAUGCAGCACAUAUUGCCGCGUUUGCUGCAGCUUGCAUGCAGGCAGACCUUACAACUUCAGCGAUUUCGGCACCGAGCAUGAGCAGCAGCAACAGCGUUGCACCAGCAACACCGCGGUCCAUCAGCGCAACAACAGCAACAGCAGAACAUCUGGAAGACGCAGCCUUGCUGCUAACGGGAGCAGCAGCAGGAGCAGCUCACGGACGGAAUCCGCCGCUGCAGUGGCGCGAGGAGGAAUUCCUCCGCUUCGGGCCGCCUGUGCUGCGUCUCUUCCAACCGGAAGGCACAGCUGCUCAGCAGCAGCAGCAGCAACAACAACAACAGCAGCAGCGUUUGAGCCCAUGCAUGCAGGAGCUCGUUGGAGGGGUGUCGCGGCUGCUCGUUGGGGAGUGUGGGGCGUUGGCCUUUGGGCGGUCCGCCUUUAAAGUCGCUUCCUUUUGCAAGGGAACUUGCAGCACAAACUUCAAGAGAGAGCUGCAGCUGGCCGCAGAAUGCAGCCGCAAAACUGCUGUUGCUGCUGCUGCUGCGGGGACGGGGGACGAUCCCAGCGGAGCAGCAGCUGCUGCUGAGGCGCAGGAUGAACAUUUGCUCCAGCUCUUCACAGAGCUUCUGGAGGUCCUUUGUUCUGUCGAGGACUCGCAACACUGCUUCAGCCUAGCCGGGGACGCCUUUGCUUUGCUGCAGCGGUUGCAUCAGACACCGCAGCUGCAGCUGCAGCAGCAGCUGCAGCAACAGGUCUGUCCAGCGAGCAGCGGCAGCGCCUGUUUUAGAAGCAAUAUCCGGUACAUUUCGGUGUUGCUGCAGCUGAAGGAAUACGUCGAGAUCGCGCUGCCCGGCUCGCAGCCGCAGCAGCAACCUUCCGCCUCGUUCCCAGCAGCAGCAGCAGCAGGAGCAUCCACGGCGAAAGAUUUUGAGGACAGCUCGGUAUAUAUGGGGGUGAGGGGUCUGCUGACAGACUUGCGGCGGCUCCCGGCAGUGCUGUCGCUGCUGUGCAGCGAAGCGGAUGGGAGAAGCUGCGCCCCACAGGUCUUUGCUGUUGCAGCAACCGACCCUUUUGCUGCUCUACCGCCGCAUGCAGCAGCAGCAGAAUUUUGCAGCAGCGCCCCCGAAGCGCCUUGCCUCCUCGAGGUGUACAGACUUGUCGGCAAAGAACUGCUACACCCGCGUCCUCAGCCCCACGUCCAGACGCAGCCGCAGCAGCAGCUGCAGCAGAGGCGGCAACAGCAGCUGCUACAGCAGCAGGUGCAUCCUUACGACUGGGCUUUGGGCACGGCUAUGGAGAGCAUAGGGAGGAAUUUUUGUUUGCGAAGUGCGGAAGACAAGACAUGUGGGGCGCUGCUGGUCCCGCAGGGGGCGGCAGCAGCAGCUACUACAUCAUUAGGCAGUUUGCACGUCUACGAGCCAGCAGCAGCAGCAGACCUGCCGCGCUGCACUUGUCCGCUGGCCUUCGUGGGGGACGGCGAAUGCGACAACAGUUGCAACACCGCUGCGUGCGGCUUUGACAAAGGAGAUUGCUUAGCGCAGCGGCUGCCGCUGCUGCAGCCCAUCAUCGAUUUGUUGCAGCAGCACUUGGGAGGGCUUGCGGACGGCCCCUGUUUUCCUUUUAGUUUCCACUUCCAAUGCGCACAGCACGAAUGCAGAGACGCAAUACACAAGUUGCAGAAGCAGAACGGCUGUUGCCUCGCCCCGCAGCUAGAGUUGCUGCGAGACCUGCUAUACAUAGACCAGCAGCAGCAGCAGCAGCAGCGUCAGCAGCUCGCGCUGCUUCAGCAGCAGAUGCCGGAAGCCGUAACACCGCAGCUGCUGCUCCUCGUCCAGUCGCUUUGGGAGGAAUUGGAGGGCACCUCAGGGCCGUUGGAGUUAUAUCGCUCCGUCGCCUUCAUAGAGGCAGACUGCAAGAUACCGUUAGACCGGACCUGCUCUCGGGGCCUCAACCGUUCCGUCUUUGCGGUGGACGCGCGGAUAGAGGGCUUCAACUAUGAAGCCCUAGACAGCAGCAGCAGCAGCAGGAGCAGUAGUAGGAGUGAUGAAGGCGAGGAGUUGCUGCGUCACGUGCUGCGAGAUGCCUUUGCUGCUGCGUUGGGGCUGCCAGUGGGGGACGGUGUGGAAAAACUCCGGCAGGACGAUGCCUCCGGCCUGGCGGCCCUUCUAUCUGCUGAGCUGCAACGUCAGCAGGCCGGUGCUGCUGCAGCCGAGCGUGCAAAUCAGCCGUAUCAGCACCAGCAAAAGGCAAUAGGUCCCCUAUUGCUUCACCCAAUUCCGCUGCUUCUGCCUGCAGCGUGCUUUUCGUCGUCUCCUGUGUUCGUUCCUCCAUCGAGCGUCUCCAUAAGCUCCGUGGCCUUUGCUUCUCCUGGCAACAACAGGAGCAAUAGUCGGCGGCAGCAACAGCAGGAACUGCUGCGGCCUGAGAAGGGCACGUGGGGCUUGGGCCGCAUAGCAGCACGAGAUGUCUCCUGCAGCACAAACGAGGGCCUGAGUGCCCCCGAAAAUGUUUCUGUCUUCGAGGCCUACAGACUUCAUUCCACAUCCGCUACAAACGAACACAACUCAGUCAUUACAGUGGAGUGCGGGCGCGGGUAUUCGCCGGUGGCGGGGUGGAGCCCCCAAGAGCUGAUUUGUCAGCAAGGGCGUUGGUCGCCUUUGGCACCUGUUGCAGGGGGUGGAGGCGGUGCUGCAGUAGCAGGUGGCUCUGCAACAGCAGGGGGGUCCCAGCGGCUGCAGGUGCUGCUGUGCAGGAAGCCUUGCGGGCCGUACGAAGCAGCGGACCCGUCAGUGUUGGGGCCUGCUUUCAUCGCUAGCGGGGUGGGGGAAGGCCACGGCGAUCAACGCUCGGUGUACUGCGCUUCUGGCUUUGUGGCAGCAGGUGAUGCAGCACCUAAAAGCGAAACGAUCGUCUGCAGCAACGGAGUGUGGGGCCGAAGGCAGCUGCAGUGCAUCAAGGACUUAAACGGAAUGCUGGAGGCGAGCCCCUGCAACGGCGCGCUCUCGCUGCUGCCCCCUACUCUCAAGGUGGACGGCAUCCCCACUACACAUCAACCUGCAGAGCCAAGGGGGCCCCCAGACAAUUUGCUGCUUAGCCAAGAAGUAGCAGAGGCCCUCGCGGCCACCUUUCAACCCGCUGGGGUCUCACUGAAACUCUUCCGCAUCGGUUGCGCACGCGGCUUCAUCUCCGCUGCAGUCCAAAGGAAAAAACAGCAGCAGCAGCAGCAGCAAAAGCAGCAGCAACAGCAGCAGCAACAGCAGCAGCAGCCAUUCAUCUAUGCUGCCUGCAAAGACGGGAAGCUGCUCGACUUGGGCCCCAAAGAGCCCUUGCCUAUGGCAGCUUUUGCCACAGGCGAAGCAGCGAAAGCUCUCGUUCAACAACUCAAGCUGCGCCUGGACUCGGCGCCAGAAGCAAUCACCUCCAUACAGCAAGCAGCAGCGGCAGCACUACCACCUCCACCCUCAGCAGCAGAAGCAGCAGCAGGCGGAGAGCCCCCAAUGUUCCUCGACGGCGGCUACCCAAGGGAGGAGGCAGCAGCGGGAGGAGCAGCAUUUACAGUAGUAGGAGCAGCAGCGCCGAGCGUCCGCAGAAGUCUGGCGGAAGCCUCCCCUCUGCUGCUGGGGGCCGUUCUGGACUGCCAGCGAGAGCUGCGGCAGGACCCUCCGAAGCCUCCCAAGCCGGUGAGUGACACGCUGCUGGUCUUCAGCUGUCUGCUGCUGCUCUUCGUUCUUGUUGUUGCUCUCCUCGCCCUCUGGUGGUUACGGGCCAGGCGUCGCCAGCAAAGGGCGGCAAAACUGCAGCAGCAGCAGCAGCAAGACAGCCAGGAACCGGGACCCACAACCAGCGAUCUCGGCAGGGAAUUCUUCUCAGGCGCAGAGGCGGAUGGCCAGUCCCUUGCAGACAGCAGCAGCGCAGAAGCAGCAGCAGUUGCUGCUGCUGAUACAGCAGCGGACCACUACAGGAGCCCCCUCACACCACAGCAAACGCUGCAUCACAGCGGCAAAGCCACCGCUGUGCCUGCGCUGUACGCCACCGCUGCCUACGCGGGGACUUCGCUGCCUUACCUCCUUGAAGCAGCGCAACAGCAGCAGCAGCAGCAACACAAGCCUGCCCACAUGUCUGCUGCCACGCCGCCUGUAUUUCCUUCCGACGCCGCCGCCGCAGCAGCUGCGGCAGCAACAGGGUCGGCUGAUGAGAACUCCCUCGCCUUCUUCGCCCCCGUGUAUUACACAGGCCUCACGGGAGACCGGGGGCUGGUGACCCUAGAUGGAGACAGCAACAGCACUGGCGGUGGGGGUGGUGCUGCUGCUAUUGCAGAAGACGAAUACCGACAAAUCCCCUACCCAAACCAGCAGCAGCAACAGCAGCUGCUGUUGCUGCAGCAGCAGCAGCGGCAGCUAAGGCAACAGCACGUAGCGCUCUCAUCCUCAGCUGAAGGAGGGCCUCAGCCAGGUGCAGCGGGUGCCUACAUUGCUGCUGCUGUUGCUCCGCAGCAACAGAUUGCGGCAGCUGAAGUGACAGCCGCAACAGCAGCAGCCGCAACAGCGGCAGGAGGCGGGUGGGGGCCUCAGGACGGGGUAGCUCGUAGAAUAUCCCUUUCUACACGCGAAGGUGCACUGCAGCAGCAGCAGCAGCAACAGCGGCAGCGGCAGCGCCAGCUGCAGCCCGGCGUCUCCCGCAGGGGAAAUUCUUUCGAAGGAGCGGCACGGGCAGCGUUGGGGGACGGCGCCGUUCCCUCUGGAGCCGCCUCCGUACUAUCAGAAGAUGAUGAACUCUAUCCAGAAGACUCAGCGAGCUGCAUGGUCGUGACAGCUUCACAAAGGCGAGAAGCAGCAGCAGCAGCUUCUGCUGCUAAUGCUGCUGCAGGCAACACGGCCCCGAAGGGCUGUAGGCACAAGGCGGGAGCCACCAGGCAGCUGUCUGCUGCUCAGAGCUUCACCAGAGGCAGAACGUCGCAGCCGACUCAAUUUCCAGAGGAGGUGUUCCACAGGAGACACGCCCAAACGUGA